AAAUUCUUGUAUGGAUAGAAUUUGGUAUGAGUUUGUAGAUUUACACUCCUUUUCUAGUAACUUUUGAGAAUUGAGUUUUGACUUAUAAGAAUGAAUGCACCACCAACAUUUGAAUCAUUCCUUUUAUUCGAAGGUGAAAAGAAGAUCAUCAAAGAGCAAGAUACGAAGGUACCAAAUGCUGCGAUAUUCACCAUCAAUAAAGAAGAUCAUACACUGGGAAAUAUGAUAAGAAAUCAACUGUUGAAAGAUCCAAACGUCCUGUUUGCCGGAUACAAGCUGCCUCAUCCACUGGAACAUAAAUUCAUAUUGCGCAUUCAAACAACUUCAGACUACACACCACAGGAUGCUCUCAUGCAUGCAAUAACCGAUUUGUUGGCAGAGUUGUCCCUUUUUGAGGAAAGAUUCAGGGAAGCAAUUAAAGAGAAGAAAGAAGGAUUGGAUUAAACUAAACUUUUGUGACCUAGUCUUUCUUUGUAUGUACUGUGGCGUGUGAUGACUAUAAAUUUGUAUAACAUUUAAUUUAUAAAAACUUAUUAACAAGAGACCUUGGUGAAACAAGCAUGUUAUGUUCAAGAGGAUAAGGUGGAAUAAUUCACAACAGAAUUAAAGAUACCAUGUCAAGUGUCCAUGUGCACUGAUUGUUUACCUCAGAAGAGGCAUAUCUUUUGAUCCCUAUAUUAAGAGAAAACUGAAGUGAGACCUAUGACAGUGUCAGUGUUGAUACCAAGUAAGUUUGUGGCUAACAAUGAAAUUAAAUCAAGGACUUCCUGUUCAGUGUUAAAUCAUUUUACAACAACUUUUGUUUGUUCCAGUUUUAACACCUUUUAAGAUCAUAUUCCAGUUUACCAGUAUUACUUACAUUUAGUGCAGUCUAAAUGUAAAAUAAACUGUGAAAAGAUUUUCAAACAUUUUAAGUUUAGGACAUAUGGGGAUCCCAAAAAGUAUGCAGAAAUGACACUUGACAAACACAGCCAGUGGAUUAAUGUAAUGAUGUACCUCAAACACAAUCCACAAAGAAUUUGUCUUUCUAUGUAGCAACCACAGUAAAAGAUAUACAACAUACCAACCCAUAAAGAGAUGAUGACAACAUGUUACAUUAAGUAUAAAGGAAUGUGUUACAAACACCUGCACAAAUUGUGUUCAUUUACAAAAAACUGUGAACAUAUGAAAUUUCUUUGUAGGUGUAUGAGGUUUUAAUUGAGGCAUGAUGUCAUUAGGCCUAAUCCAUAUCAAGCUUUCAGUCAGCAGCUUACAUUUGAACCAAAUACUUUCCAAGUAAAAAAUAAAAGUAUUAUUGCAGUUA